UCGGGAGUCACACUCUGCUCUGCGACCUACACUCAAGGUCCUCGUUUAGCCUCUGACUUGAAUGCAGCAAAGACCACAAUGGGGUCUGCCAGUUCAUACCAGAAGAUGGAGUCCUCUCCUUGCAACUUGCUCAGUGUAAAAAUUAUCAGAAUGAAAAAUCUGCGGAAGGCUGACCUGGUAACCCAAUCUGACUGCUAUGUGAGCCUAUGGCUACCAACUUCUUCAGUCACAAAGGUCCGGACCAAAACUGUCAAUAACUCCAAAAACCCAGUGUGGAAUGAAACCUUCCAUUUCAGGAUUCAGAGUCAGGUCAAGAACAUCCUGGAGCUGAAAGUUUGUGAUGAAGAUGAACACACUCCAGAUGACCAUCUCCUCACUGUUUUCUUUGAUGUGUCUAAAAUCCAACUUGGAGAAACAGUUCGGCUGAACUUUCAGGUGAAUCCAAAGGGAAAGGAGGAGCUAGAGGUUGAGUUCACAAUGGAGAGCAGUCCAGAUCUUCCUGAAAACAUCGCUACUAAUGGUGUAUUAGUGUCUCGUGAAGUUGCCUGUUUGGAAGUUCAGGUGAAUGAGGGGAGACUAAAGAAGGAAUCCACAGAAAGAAAAUUCGCAUUUACAGUGGAAGGAUCCUAUGAAGGCACCCAGCACCUUUCUCUGAGCCCCUGCCUUUGUCCUGCUUCUCCUGUCACGUUCCACUAUAUCAAAUACAGUCAAUCAGAACUGGGCAUUGCACUGCCGAAUAGGAGACAGCUCUCCACAUCUUCCUCAAGUCAAGAUGAAGGUGAGUCCCUGACUCUAGCUCUGAAUUCACUUCCCAUUCAAGAUAAAGUAACAAUAGGAGAGCUGAGAACAUUUGAUUUGCAUGUGAAGCCAAAAGAAUGGACUCAGGGCCUGUUUAAUACCUCAAGAAAACUAGAUGUACGUUUGGGAUUUGACCUGUGCACAGAGGAACAAAAUUUCCUGAAGUAUCGGAAGAAAGUGGUUGCUGCUGCUCUAAAGAAGGUUCUUCAGCUAGAAGAGGAUCUAAAGGACCAUGAGGUGCCAGUUGUGGCUGUGACAACAACAGGAACUGGGACAAGAGCUUUAACAGCCAUGUAUGGCAGCAUUUUGGGUCUUCAGAAACUGAAUGUUCUGGAUUGUGUUUCAUAUAUCUCUGGAUCAUCUGGUACAACAUGGACCAUGACAAACUUGUAUGAAGAUGAUGAUUGGUCACAUAAGGAAUUAGGGGAGCUAAUCAUUGAAGCUCGGAAGCAAGCAUCCAAAUCCAAAAUGAGUGCUUUUUCCUUGGAGAGUCUGAAGAAUUAUCAUCGAGAGCUGAGUCAACGCACCCAAGCAGGAUACAAGACAUCUUUUAUUGAUCUCUGGGGGCUCAUGAUUGAAUCCAUGUUGAAUGAUGGGACAAAUAACCAUAAACUGUCCGAUCAGCAACAGGCAGUGAAUUGGGGGCAGAACCCACUGCCCAUCUAUCUUGCUCUCAAUGUCAAGGACAACAUUACCACAAAAGAUUUUAGAGAAUGGGUGGAGUUUACCCCUUAUGAGGUGGGAUUCCUGAAGUAUGGAGCUUUUAUUCGUGCAGAGGAUUUUGGAAGCGAGUUCUUCAUGGGUCGGCUAAUGAAGAAACUGCCAGAAUCUCGGAUCUGCUUCAUGCAAGGAAUGUGGAGUAGCGUGUUUUCUAAGAAUCUCUUGGAUGCAUGGCAUGCAGCUGACAAUUCAGAGGACUUCUGGCACAGAUGGACCCAAGACAAAGUGACGGAAAUAGAGGAAGUGCCUGAUCUACCUGAGAAGCCACAUGAGAUGGCUACUUGCAUGUACACUCCUGCAGGAGGUGUUUCCAAUGCACUUCGAGAUAUGUUAACGGAUCGCCCAGCAGUAUCAAAGUACCACAGUUUCUUAAGGGGUUUCCAGAUGCACAAUGAGUACACACAGCAUGGGCAGUUUUCUAAAUGGAAAGACACUAUGCUAGACACUUUGCCUAAUCAACUGAGACACACUGCAGAGCAUCUGGAGCUGGUAGAUACUGCAUUCUUCUUUGAUACCAGUUGCCCACCAAUUAUGAGACCAGAGAGGAAAGUGGAUGUCAUCCUGCAUUUAAAUUACAGUGGAGGAUCACAGACAAUGCCUCUGGAUCGGGCCUCCACAUACUUCUCAGAGCAAGGAAUCCCAUUUCCUAAGCCUGUGUUGAGCGAGGAAGAAAGGAAGAACCUAAAGGAGUGUUAUAUGUUUGAAGAUGCAGAGAAUCCAUGUGCUCCCAUACUGCUCUAUUUCCCACUAGUGAAUGACAGCUUCCAAAGAUACAUAGCACCUGGUGUGGAACGUAGUGCAGCAGAAAUGGAACUGGGCAAAGUUGAUGUCUCCAGCUUCUAUUCUCCAUAUUCCACCAGGGAGGUCUCAUUGAAAGCAGAGGAUUUCAACAAGCUGCUGAAACUGACUAAUUACAACAUCCAGAAUAAUGAAAACAUGAUUCUUCAGGCCUUGCACGCAGCAGUGAGGAGGAGAAAACAGUCUCAAACCCAGUCCCCAUCCCAAGCACAGUCAUCUUCCUGAAAGAAAUCUUUCCUGAAACCCCUCUUCUGACCUUCAACCCCCCCAUCCUCUCCAACUUCAUCAUCAGAAGCAAGCUCCCUGCAGACCAGGACAUGCUAACUCAAAGUGGCAUCAGACUCUGCCAUAAUGGUAGAUGCAAACCCUGCAGACAUAUCACCAUGAUAACAAUAAUGAACACCCCCUGCUACACGUUUCAAGUUCCAUGGGGUCCUACACAUGACAAUCACGACAUGUCAUGUACCUCAUCCAAUGUACUAAAUGCCCAAUAAUAACGACAUGGGUGAAAACAGACAAUCAUUAUACUUUCAAAUGAACCCACAGAACAAUGAUAAAAGACAAAGACAUCAUCACUUGUGGUGAAUGCUUUUCAAAAAGUGAUCACUCUAUAUCUGACUUUUCAGCCCUCACCCACAAAGGAAACCUGUACAGUUCCUUCAAUGGAUGAUCCUGGGAGCUUAAACUCAUAACUUUGCUAGAUAGUAAAAGUCAUGCUUAUCAGAAAGACUGGAUUUAUGGCUUAAUAGCACAAUCUAUAACUCACUGUCCCUCCAUUCCAUCUCUUCUCCCUCCUCUGUUCCCCUCUCUGACUGGUAAGGUGCUAACAGGCUACUUUACUUUGAAAAGUUCCUUAAAAUGUGUUUAGCUACUUAUGCUAAACAAUCUGCUCCACCUUGUAUUUAGCUGUGACAUUAAGGGAUGUUUAUCCUGGCAAAGUUAAAGUGCUGCUCUGGCAGUGCUUUAAAGUGUCUGUGUAGUUGUGGUACCAGCACUGGGAAAGACUCUGCCAGUGCUGUAAAAAAAGCCACCCCAAACAAGGGAGUAGCUAACAUCACUGAGAAGGCAGCUCCUACAGUUAUAGUACUAUCUAUACUGACACUUUGCUGAAACUUGCUGCCCUCAGGGGUAUGUUUUUUCACAUCCCUGAGUGAGACAGUUUCAGCCCAGUAAAGUGGCAGUGUAGACAACCUAAGCACAUUUCCCAGACCUGGAGAAUAGCUCUGUGUAAGCUUGAAAACUUGUCUCUCUCCUCAGCAGAAGCUGAGCCACUAAAAAAAUAUUACCUCAUCCACCUCAUUGCUCUAAUUCUCCUGCGUGCUUUCUGUUCUGCCAGCUGGAAGUGUCAAAAACUUUCUAAUGUUUCUUCUAUAAAACCAAAUGAAUAGGUAUUUAACCUGGGAUGCUUCAGUGGAUUUUGAUUCAUUCCAAUUAAGCAGCCAUCCCAGAAAAUAAAGUUCACUGAGUCAUGACCUAAUAUUUGUUUUAAGUAAAGGGUGGGUCAUGGUAUUUUAUGCAAUACUAUAUAUAAUAUACACAUUUAAAAAACAUUGUAAACAUGAUAGCACAGUAAAUGAACAUUUAAAUAAUCUUUUAAAACCUCAGAAAUUCUGGUUUAAGUCCGGACUGGCUGCUCUGUGAACUGAUUCACUGUCAACCAGUUUUACCCCCACAUGGAUUAGUCUACUUUGCUGGCACCAUUUCAUCCAUUUUUGGAGAAAAAAGGAUCCUGCUGUGUGCUUAGAGCAAUAAGCAUAACUCUUCUUCGUCUAUCUUUUAUUUUCAGCACCUGUUCUCUUCAGAUUGGCUACUACCUAUUCAUCUAUAAAAUCUCCUGUUGUUUCUUUGGCACCGACAUUAACAAAAUCUGUAAAAUCCUCCUCAUUUGUAAGUGGGUCAUGUUAAAUUUGUUUGUUUCAUAAGAAUGGCCAUACUGAGUCAGACUAAAGGUCCAUAUAGCCCAGUAUCCUGUCUUCCAACAGAGUCCAA